GCUUCAGUUGCUUUACCCUAGAGCCGCCCUCGAGUAUGAUCACGGCAAAAGAAAGAGAAGUUGCAGAAAUUCUGUUAAACUUACCGGAGCUUAUAGCAAAAUUAAGUCUUUAUGGUAAAGAACAACUUCUUCCUUGGGGCUGGAAAAAACGGAGAUCCGCCGUUAAUUAUCCUUUGACUCCAUUACCGUCCCCAGAACUUCAACAAUCACCACCCGCAGCUGACUUCUCUCCCUCUCCCUCUCCGUCUCCGUCUCCGUCACCGACAACGUCACCGUCAUCCUCUUCACCUCCAGAACCGCAGAGAUUCAAGCCAAGAGUUGCCAACACUAAGGAGCAGUUGCUGCAGCAAAUUAAUGAGUUAACACAGCGGAAAAAUGUUUAUCAACAGGAGUUGUUCAAGGUCCAGAGUCACCUAGAGAGGCAAAUAGAAUUCAAUACCACUUUGAAAGAGUUAACUGGAGCAACAACUUUGGCAUAUAGAGAUUAGUAAUCAUCAGAGUAUAUUACAUAAUACUUAAUAUAUAUCUCUAACUUAUUAUCAUUGUAAUCCUGAGUUUGUGUUGAUUUGAUACAUGAAACAGGUAAUAUAAAGCAUUUGUCUUAAUUAGCGAUAGACUAUUCUACAUAUAUAAGUUAGUUUGGACAUAGAGGUGGAGCCAUUAGCCAGGAUUUGAAGCCUGUGGGUUUAGAAUUGUAAUCCUUUUAA